GUUAAACUUCCCGCUCUAUCUAUUUUAGAAGCCUUUAAGGUUUAUAGCGGGAAUCGCAAGAAUAGAUUUUAUUUGCAUCGAGAUAUAUUGGUUUUUUUCUUCUGUGUCUGAGGCGUUGUUACAAGGGCAUUUAUUUAUUAUAAGUGCUGUCUAUUCGACCAACAAUCCUGCGUAACAGCAUCGGCGGAAGUCCGUUUGCUUUUCUUUUUUCUUUUCAAAAGCCCUGCAUAGAUUGUACAUGUUUUUAACCCAAUCUUUUUCUUUAAUAUCUUGUCCUAUCCUCCCUUAGUCCUUCCGACCUCUUCUUGAUACCCAUAACACUACAACAAAAACAUCUUACCUCGUUUUAAAAAAAAUGAGUUCUAGAGUGUUCCCCGCAGCUCGUCUAUCCCGGGGCAUAAGUGGUAUUGCAAUUGUUGGCGUCGGCGCUGGGAUAUACUAUACGUACAUGAGAAACGUUGCUUAUGCGGAUUCUGGCGCGCCUAAAAAGGCUUUCGGCUCCGGACCGGCGUUUUUAUCUCUCGAGCUUGAGAGCACCGAAGCCGUAAACCACAACACUAGACGAUUGCGAUUUAAGCUUCCCACGCCCGAUACCGUCAGCGGCCUCACAUUGACGUCCGCACUCUUAACAUAUUCCUGGCCGAAGGGCAGCACAUUUCCUGUCGUGCGCCCUUACACACCCAUCAACUCUCUAGAUGAACCCGGUGCUUUAGAACUUCUCAUAAAGAAGUACCCCAAUGGCAAACAAAGUACAUAUAUACACUCCCUGAAACCAGGUGACUCGUUGCGAUUCGUCACCAAAAUCCCAGGAUAUAACUAUCAGCCAAACAAGCAUUCUGAAAUCUUACUUAUUGCCGGAGGAGCCGGCAUCACUCCUAUCUAUCAGCUCAUUCGGGGUAUACUGCAAAACCCCGAGGACCACACCAAGAUCAACCUAGUAUUUGGCGUGAAUACAGACGCCGACUUACUCUUGCGAAAGGAACUUGACGAAUAUGCAUCUAAAUUCCCGACUCAAUUCCACGUCACAUAUACCGUCAGUCGACCUGAAAGCGGCUCGCCUUUUAGACAAGGUUACGUUACCAAGGAGUUGCUGAACGAAGUAGCACCCCAACCAGGCAAUUCCAAGGUGUUCGUUUGCGGGCCCCCGCCGAUGGAAACCGCACUCGUGGGAAGCCGGAAGAAACCUGGAAUCUUGCAAGAACUCGGCUAUCAGAAGGAUCAGAUACACAAGUUUUGAGCCGCUGAACUAGGUCCUAUGUAUAUAGACUGGAAAAUAUUCGGCCAAUAGAUGCUGGAUCAAUUUCCUCGCAGCUAAUAUAAACAAGUUCCAUCAAUUUGGUUAUUUUAUUUCAGCAUAUUGUUUAGGUACUUAGGCAAUGUUGGUAUUGGAUGAAGUAACAGACCUGCUGCCAACUAUAACCCCUUUGGCAGAAUUUAGCUAAUAGCUUAUUAACUCAGAACUAUUAUAUUAUGAUAGCUAAUCAGCAUCAGUAGUCCUAGGCAUAAUAUAUCUUGCAAGAAGG